AUGGCUAGUGCCAGCGCACGGCGUUCGACGCUCGCGGCUAUAGAUGCAAACCAGAACAAUGGCCAAAUCGCAUCUGCGCUUCCUGUACCUUCCUCUGCAGUCAAGUCUGCAAAGACGCUCUCCAGCGGCUCCUUUCAACCCCGCGCUUCUAUGAUCCCGCAGCAAUCCAACCCGGUUCGUCAAGUCAGUGCCACAAACGCAAACAUUAGAGAUGCUCAGCACAGCUCGCAGCAUUCCGGUCCUGUCCAUCCGGCAUCUCAGAGCGGCCGUCGAGGUGAUUCGGGAAUGUACGCAGGCAGGCAGAGCGUCGCUUCUGCCGGUCGCCAGAGUGUUGCAGUAGCUGCAACACCAAAUUCGAGGAGGUCCAUGGUCGGAAGACUAUCUAUCGCUCCUGGUAACAUUGGUAACACAGGUGGAUCGGGAGUGAGGGAGACAAGGCCCAUCAAGGACAAGCAUUACAAGACGCGCAUGGGUCUUACCGUCAAAGAGCAUCUCGAACGCACCGGCUUCACAAUGGCUGGAUGGGACGCCAACAAGGGCGUUCAUGAGCCUACCCAAUCUGCCUUUGUCGGCAUGUUCAAACACAUCUAUGCCACCUGCAUCGACACCAACUUUGUCAUGGGCGUUGAUGGUAAGAAAUUUGAAGACGAGGUGCUCACCUUGAUGAAGGAGAUCAAGUAUCCCGCCGCCGAUGAGCUCAGCAAGACCAAGCUCACAGCUGCCGGAAGUCAGAGCCACUGGCCGUACUGCCUAGCAAUGCUCGAAUGGAUGGUCAACUUGGGCAACCAGGCAGAGACCAUCGGCACUGGGCCCAGAUCACGUCCUGAUGAGAUCGAGGACCUUCAGUCUCUCUUCUUCCCUUACCUCUGGGACUGCUACGACCGCUUUUGGCAGAACGAAGACACUUACCCCGAAGAACAUGCCAAACUCGGAGUUCGCUUCGAGGACAAGAAUGCUGCGAUAGAGCUCGAACUCAAAGAACUCCAACAAGAGCAUCGCAAGCUCGAAUCCGAGCUGGCCGACUAUCUCAACAACGAUUCGCCGCUCAAGAUUGAACGCAGCGAAAAUGACAUGCUCACCAAGGACAUUUCCAAGUUCCACAAGUACUACGACGAUGUUCUCGUUCCCAAGCUCGACAAGACCAAGAAGGCCAUCGAGAGGCUCAUCAAGGAAAUCGCUCUUGCUGAAAAGGAGAUUGACGACAAAACCAAACGCAGAGUCGACUUGCAAGAACAGGUCAAUGCGCAGGAAAUGUCUGCAGAAGAGUACGAAAGGAUGCUGGCCGAGAGAAACCGUCUGACCAAGCGUCUCGAAGUGCUCGGCGAGCAGAACAAGAAGGCCGCCGGCGAUGGAUGGUCCCUCGAGAUUGCCAUCGCAAAGAAGCAAGCCGAUACCGAAGACCGAAUCUCCAAGUUCAACCCCCUGGCGCGCUCCAUAUCGCUGCUACCUUACAGGCUGGCAUCUGGAAGCGUGAUCGAGGAGCUCGAACUGACUCCUUCCAAUCCGUCCACCAUGUUGCAAGCCGGUGUCGAUAUCAAGGGCUCCUUCCGUCGCCAAAUUGAAACGUUGCGGUCCCAGGAGGCCGACAAGUACCGCCAUGCAUCUAAGAAGCGACUCGCGAUGCAGGAAGAGUAUGAAAAGCUGCAGGAGACGCUUUCCGAACAAGAAACACAGCUUGCCUCUGAUCGCGAGCGUUGCGAAGCGUUGUCCAGACAAGCAGCCGAAUACGAAAAGAGCUGCAAGACGGUGCAAGAGCGAUACAAGGCCGACGAGGGCAAGCUGGAAAAGUCGACCUACGAGACCGAAGCCUCCGGCAGCGUGCAUCUGCAGCAAGCCGAAUCAAGACUGACCAGUCUUCAACUCACCGCCGAACACAAAGAAGACGAGUGGAAUCAGCAACGAUCGCGAAUGGACGAGGACAUGCUCAACUUUGUCGUGCUUCUUAGCAAGAUGAAGGGCGAUGUGACUGGUCAACUGCGCGAAAUUCAAGCUGCCGUCGCUCUUAAGAGCCGUGACGAUUGA